GCGCCUCUCCCCGCGGCUGAUUGGAAAGCCGAGCUCUGCUCUGUUAGGAUGCUGCGGGCAGGAGCACCUGCUGCCGGCGUAUUCCGGAUGGGAGAAGUCCACACCGGGACAACCAUCAUGGCGGUGGAGUUUGACGGGGGUGUUGUGGUGGGUUCCGACUCCCGGGUGUCAGCAGGAAGAGCAGUGGUGAACCGAGUGUUUGACAAGCUCUCCCCUCUGCACCAGCGGAUCUACUGUGCCCUCUCUGGCUCCGCUGCGGAUGCCCAAGCCAUAGCUGACAUGGCCGCCUACCAGCUGGAGCUGCACGGGUUGGAAUUGGAAGAGCUGCCCCUCGUUCUGGCAGCCGCAAACGUGGUGAGGAAUAUCUCCUACAAGUACCGUGAGGACCUGUCGGCGCAUCUCAUGGUAGCAGGUUGGGACGAACGUGACGGGGGCCAGGUGUACAGCACCAUGGGCGGGAUGCUGAUCCGCCAGCCCUUUGCCAUCGGUGGCUCUGGCAGUACCUACAUUUACGGCUAUGUGGAUGCGGCCUAUAAGCCAGGCAUGACCCCUGAGGAGUGCCGGCGCUUCACCACAAACGCCAUCACUCUGGCCAUGAACCGUGACGGCUCUAGUGGCGGUGUCAUCUACCUGGUCACCAUUACGGCUGCCGGCGUGGACCACCGAGUAAUCCUGGGAGAUGAGCUGCCAAAAUACUACAAUGAGUGACUCGUCCCCAGAAUCCCCUUUCUUGUUUGUAAUAAACUUUAUGGAACCAG